AUGAAUUAUCAUCCUGAAGAAUGGUAUCCACCUGGACACGGUGAUUUCUAUCGUAGUUUUGUUGCAUGUGGUUUAGCUGAAAAAAUGAUAAAUGAUGGCAAAGAAUGGGUUUUCCUCUCCAAUAUUGAUAAUCUUGGAGCAACGGUUGAUUUCAAUAUUUUAAAUUUCUUAAUGAAUAAAGAACUACACCGUGGAGGAGAUUCCCCAGAGUUUGUAAUGGAAGUUACUGAUAAAACUCGAGCUGAUGUUAAAGGUGGUACAUUAACUAAAUAUCGUGGACACUUGCGCCUUCUUGAAUUAGCUCAGGUACCAGAGGAUCAUGUCGAUGAUUUCGCUAGUGUUCGUACUUUUAAAAUAUUUAAUACUAACAAUCUAUGGAUUGAUUUAAGAGCUCUGCAUCGAUGUGUCAAAGAGAAGACUCUUCAAAUGGAAAUUAUAGUAAAUCCAAAGACUUUGGAUUCAGGGACAAAUAUAUUACAGUUGGAAGAAGCAGCUGGAGCGGCGAUCAAAUCAUUUAACGGUGCCUUUGGUGUCAAUGUUCCACGAAGUCGUUUCCUUCCGGUGAAAACUACAUCAGAUUUAUUGCUAGUCAUGUCUAAUUUGUAUGUCCUCGAAGGCGGGACUUUAUCCGUCUCACCAUUACGCAGUUUCCCGUCUGUGCCUUUAAUAAAACUUGGUAGUCAUUUCAAAAAAGUGAAAGAUUUUCUGAUGAGAUUUGCAAGUAUACCAGAUUUACUUGAAUUGGAUCAUUUAACUGUCACAGGAGAUGUGUACUUUGGGAAAGGAAUUGUGUUGAAGGGGACAGUUAUUAUCAUCGCCAAUUACGGUAGUCUCAUCAGUAUACCCCCGGGUUCAAUAUUAGAAAAUAAAAUUGUCUCAGGAAACUUACGUAUUCUAGAUCACUAG